UUCUAUGCCCAUAACUGUAUGAAUUAUACAAGAGAUUGUAUUAACACUGUAUUCAAUCACCUAGUUCUUAAACCAAACUUUCUAUACCUAAGUAAUUCAUCACUACAGAUAAUUCAAAAGAUCACCAUUUAUGUACUAUUACUAAUCAAAUUGGUAUGUUAUCUGGUUUGAAUUACAUUACACUAGGUGCGCGAUUUUGUGGCAUUCCCAUACUUUGCACUCAACUGUGUCUUUGGCGGUGACUUCCUAAUUUGGAAAUUAAAUGCGAGCAUUUUUUUGACACUGAUCUACAAACCCUAUCACCCAGUACACAGACUAGUAAAUCAUACCCUAACCUUGCAUACCGGCAGAGAUUAUUAGCAGUAACUCGAUAACAGAUAUUUGUUGAUAUUGUCAAUGAUGGUCUGUCAAACAUAGCAAUGGUUUACUAGUAAUUGCCUCUUUUCGUAAUAUAGGAAUCGGAGUCACCAAUGACUCAGCACCAAUUUUUUUUUGGGGCCGUACGUGAAAUACUUCCAACCUGAUUUCCUUCUUUAUUACAACCUUCCCAAUAACUAUCGAUAAUACCAUGGAUUUCUCCAACUUUUCUGCCCAAAGUCCUGCUCACAAUGAGUUCCGUAGUGAUACAUUCACCACACCCACCUUGUCCAUGAUCCAAUCUCUUGGCAAGUCUACUUUAGGAGAUGCAGUAUACAAUGAAGAUCAAGCCACCAUUGCCUUGGAGGAAAAACUAGCUUCCAUGACUGGUAAAGAAGCAGGGUUGUACUGCGUAAGUGGUACUCUUUCCAACCAAAUCGCCAUGAGAGUCCACUUGUUACAGCCUCCAUAUAGUGUUUUAUGUGACCAUCGUGCCCAUGUUUAUGUUCAUGAAGCUGCUGGGUUAUCUACAUUAUCCCAAGCUAUGCCUCAACCAAUCAUCCCUAAAAACGGUAUCCACUUAACAUUAGAAGACGACAUCUUGCCUAACUUCAUUCCUGAUGAUGGUGAAAUUCAUGGUGCUCCAACCAAAUUGAUUUGCUUGGAGAACACUUUACACGGAAUGUUAUUCCCUCUUGACGAGAUUAAAAAGAUUUCUGCAUUCUGUAAAGCCAAUGAUGUAAAGUUGCAUUUAGAUGGGGCAAGAUUAUGGAAUGCACACGUUGAAACAGGAAUCCCCCUUGAAGAAUAUUGUAGUCAUUUCGAUAGUGUAUCACUUUGCUUGUCUAAAACCUUGGGUGCACCUAUCGGAACUGUCCUUGUAGGAAACAAAAAAUUCAUCCUCAAGGCUAACCAUUUUAAGAAGCAGAAUGGUGGUGGUAUAAGACAAAGUGGUCUUUUGGCAACCAUGGCCAUGACAGCAAUUGAGGAGAAUUUACCAAAAUUGAAAAAAACACAUGACCAAGCUAAGGAAUUAGGUAAGCUUUGUCAAGAACAUGGAAUUAUCUUGGAACAUCCUGUACAUACAAAUUUUGUGUUUAUUGACAUAUUGGCUAACAAGAUUGAUCCUGAAAAGUUGAUUGAAAUUUCCGACAAAUAUAAUGUCAAGAUCUAUUCUGGAAGAGUAGCAUUCCAUUACCAAGUCUCAGAUGAAAGUUUCGAGAAUGCUAAGAAGGUUGUAUUGGAAGUUGCUCAAUAUGCCAAAGAACACCCAUUUGAAGGUAACAGUAAUUUCAAAUUCUAUACUAGUGAAAAUAAGUAGAUAGAAAAUGUAAAUAUUGCAGC